AUGAAUUUUUAUUUUUUUUUAAUUAUAUUAAUUAUAAUAAAGAUAAAUGCAAAUGAAGCAAAACUUUUCUUUCAUUCUUGGGAUAAAAAGUCAAGGGAAUAUCGAUUAAAUAUAUUACAUAAUAAAAAAUACAAAUUUGGUUUCAUUUUAAAAAACAGCAUAAAGAAUACAAUUAAAUAUAACAAAAAAAAAAAAAAUUUUAAAAAUUUUGUUAUAAAUGAUGAAGUUCCUAAGAUUGAACCAAGAUUAAGAUUUGCUCCAAGUCCAACUGGUUAUAUGCAUAUUGGAGGAUGUAGGACCUUUUUAUAUAAUUACAUUCUAUCAAAACAGAUGAAAGGAAUUUUAAUACUGAGAUUUGAAGAUACAGAUACAAAAAGAAAUUCCAAAGAAUCAUUAAGUGAAAUAAUUAAUGACUUAAGGUGGCUAAAAUUAAAUUGGGAUGAAGGUCCAGAUAAAGGAGGAAUAUAUGGUCCAUAUAAACAAUCCGAAAGACUAGAAGUUUAUAAAAAAAUAGCUCAUGAUUUUGUUAAACAAGGAAAAGCUUAUUUCUGUUUUUGUUCAAAAGAAGAGUUAAAUGAAAAAAAAGAAAAGGAAAAAAUGAUGAAAAAAAAGUAUAUCUAUGAUAGAAAAUGUCGAUAUUUAAAUAAUGAAAUAAUUAAAAAGUAUUUAGAACAAGAUAAACCAUACACAAUACGAUACAAAUCACCAAUCAACAGAAAAAUUAUACUGAAAGAUAUUUUAAAAAAUAAUAUUACUGAUGUUGUAGAUGAAGACUUUGUUAUAUUAAGAAGUAAUAAAUUGCCAACAUACAAUUUUUCAGCAUCCGUUGAUGAUCACCUAAUGAAAGUAUCUCAUGUUAUAAGAGGUGUUGAACAUAUAUCAAAUACAUUCAAGCAAAUUUUAAUAUUAGAAUCUUUGAAUUCUAAUAUUCCGGUUUAUGCUCAUAUACCUAUUAUAACGACUUCAAAUAAAAAAAAAAUUAGCAAAAGGAAUAGUGAAUGUUUAAUUAGAAACUUAAGGGAUGAAGGUUUUAAACCAGAAUGCGUAGUUAAUUAUAUGGCUACACUGGGAUGGGGAAGCAUUUCUAAAAAAGAAUUUUAUACUAUGGAUGAAUUAAUAGAGAAUUUCAAUAUACAUUUAUUAAAUAAAUCUUCAAUAGUUUUUGAUAUUAAAAAAUUAAAAUGGAUGAAUAAAAAAUAUUUGUUAAAACAAGAUAUUGAAACUUAUAUAAAUGAAGCACAAGAAUAUUUAAUUAAUAAUAAAAUAUUAACAAAUAGAUGCAAAGAAUUUGUUGAAUUAUGUAUAAAUAUAUUUAGAAACGAAGUACAUAAUUAUGCAGAAUUAAAAGAAAACAUUUUAAAUAUAAUAUUAUAUAAUUAUUCUGAAAAUUACAUAGAUAAAAAUGACGUAGCAUUAAAAAGCAUCAGUGUUUUAUUAUAUGGUUGGUUUGAAAAAUAUAUAAAUGAUGAUAGUUUAGAAUAUAUUCUCGAAAGAGAUUAUUAUCUAUUAAUUGAAAAUAUUGUAAGAAAUACUAACCUAAAAAAAAAAGAUAUUUUAUUAAAAAUUCGUUUCCUUUUAACUUUUCAAAAUGGAGGAAUUCCAUUUAUAAAUUUAACAAAAAUUUGGGCAUCAGCAAAAAAAAACAAUAUAAAAAAUUAUUUUUCUCUAAAGAGAAGAAUUCUAUAUAUAAAAGAAAUAUAUAAUUUUUAA